AUGAGUCGGCUGAUGUUUACACAACUACUGCUCUGUGGAUUUUUAUAUGUUCGGGUUGAUGGAUCUCGUCUUCGCCAGGAAGACUUUCCCCCAAGGAUCGUGGAGCACCCUUCCGAUGUCAUUGUCUCUAAGGGAGAGCCCACCACUUUGAACUGUAAGGCCGAGGGCCGGCCAACGCCCACCAUUGAGUGGUACAAGGAUGGUGAGCGGGUGGAGACUGACAAGGAUGAUCCCCGGUCGCAUAGGAUGCUUCUGCCCAGCGGAUCCUUAUUCUUCUUGCGCAUUGUGCAUGGGCGCAGAAGUAAACCGGAUGAAGGAAGCUAUGUGUGUGUUGCAAGGAACUAUCUCGGUGAAGCAGUGAGUCGAAAUGCAUCUCUGGAAGUGGCAUUGUUACGAGAUGACUUCCGGCAAAAUCCCACAGAUGUUGUAGUGGCAGCCGGAGAGCCUGCAAUCCUGGAGUGCCAGCCUCCCCGGGGACACCCAGAACCUACUAUCUACUGGAAAAAAGACAAAAUUCGAAUUGAUGACAAGGAAGAAAGAAUAAGUAUCCGUGGUGGGAAACUAAUGAUCUCCAAUACCAGAAAGAGUGAUGCCGGGAUGUAUACAUGUGUGGGCACCAACAUGGUGGGAGAGAGAGACAGUGAUCCGGCAGAGCUGACUGUCUUUGAACGACCCACAUUUCUCAGGAGGCCAAUUAACCAAGUGGUGCUGGAGGAAGAAGCUGUAGAGUUCCGUUGUCAGGUCCAGGGAGAUCCUCAGCCAACUGUGCGGUGGAGAAAGGAUGAUGCAGACUUGCCGAGAGGAAGGUAUGACAUCAAAGAUGAUUACACACUGAGAAUUAAAAAGGCAGUGAGUACAGAUGAAGGCACAUAUAUGUGUAUUGCUGAAAAUCGGGUUGGAAAAGUAGAAGCUUCUGCUACUCUCACAGUCCGAGCUCGCCCUGUGGCUCCUCCACAGUUUGUGGUUAGGCCAAGAGAUCAGAUUGUUGCCCAAGGUCGAACAGUGACAUUUCCCUGUGAAACUAAAGGAAACCCACAGCCAGCAGUUUUUUGGCAAAAAGAAGGCAGCCAGAAUCUGCUCUUCCCAAACCAACCCCAACAGCCCAACAGCAGGUGUUCUGUGUCACCAACUGGGGAUCUUACAAUUACCAACAUUCAGCGUUCGGACGCGGGUUACUACAUCUGUCAGGCCCUCACCGUGGCAGGAAGUAUUUUAGCAAAAGCUCAACUGGAAGUUACUGAUGUUUUGACAGAUAGACCUCCACCUAUAAUUCUACAAGGCCCAGCCAACCAGACGUUAGCAGUAGAUGGCACAGCGUUACUGAAAUGUAAAGCUACUGGUGACCCUCUUCCUGUAAUUAGCUGGUUAAAGGAGGGGUUUACUUUUCUGGGUAGAGAUCCAAGAGCAACUAUACAAGAACAAGGAACCUUGCAGAUUAAGAACUUAAGGAUUUCUGAUACUGGCACUUACACUUGUGUGGCUACAAGUUCAAGUGGGGAGACUUCCUGGAGUGCUGUGCUGGAUGUAACAGAAUCUGGAGCAACAAUCAGUAAAAGUUAUGAUUUAAAUGACCUACCUGGACCACCUUCCAAACCACAGGUCACUGAUGUUACUAAGAACAGUGUCACCUUGUCCUGGCAACCAGGUACCCCUGGAAUCCUUCCAGCAAGUGCAUAUAUCAUUGAGGCUUUCAGCCAAUCGGUGAGCAAUAGCUGGCAGACAGUGGCAAACCACGUAAAGACCACCCUCUAUACAGUGAGAGGACUACGGCCCAAUACAAUCUAUUUAUUCAUGGUCAGAGCAAUCAACCCCCAAGGUCUCAGUGACCCGAGUGCUAUGUCAGAUCCUGUGCGCACCCAAGAUAUCAGCCCACCAGCUCAAGGAGUGGACCACAGGCAAGUCCAGAAAGAACUCGGAGACGUCCUCGUCCGUCUUCAUACUCCGGUUGUUUUGACUCCCACCACUGUUCAAGUCACAUGGACGGUUGAUCGCCAACCCCAGUUUAUUCAAGGCUACCGAGUGAUGUACCGUCAGACUUCAGGCCUGCAGGCUACGACAACAUGGCAGAAUUUAGAUGCCAAAGUCCCGACUGAGAGAAGUGCUGUCUUAGUCAAUCUGAAAAAGGGGGUGACUUACGAAAUUAAAGUUCGACCAUAUUUCAAUGAGUUCCAAGGAAUGGAUAGUGAGUCUAAAACAGUUCGUACUACUGAAGAAGCCCCAAGUGCCCCUCCACAAUCUGUCACUGUGCUGACUGUUGGAAGCCACAAUAGCACAAGUAUUAGUGUUUCCUGGGAUCCUCCUCCUCCAGAUCAUCAGAAUGGAAUUAUCCAGGAAUACAAGAUCUGGUGUCUGGGGAAUGAAACACGAUUCCACAUCAACAAAACUGUGGAUGCAGCCAUUCGAUCUGUAAUCAUUGGGGGAUUAUUCCCAGGUAUUCAGUACCGGGUAGAGGUUGCAGCUAGUACCAGUGCUGGAGUUGGAGUAAAAAGUGAGCCACAGCCAAUAAUAAUUGGGGGACGAAAUGAAGUUGUCAUUACCGAAAACAAUAACAGCAUAACUGAGCAAAUCACUGAUGUUGUGAAGCAGCCAGCUUUUAUAGCUGGUAUUGGUGGUGCCUGCUGGGUAAUUCUGAUGGGUUUUAGCAUCUGGUUGUACUGGAGAAGAAAGAAGAGAAAGGGACUCAGUAAUUAUGCUGUUACAUUUCAAAGAGGAGAUGGAGGACUAAUGAGCAAUGGAAGCCGCCCAGGUCUUCUAAAUGCUGGUGAUCCCAAUUAUCCAUGGCUUGCUGACUCAUGGCCAGCUACGAGCUUGCCAGUAAACAAUAGCAAUAGUGGCCCAAAUGAGAUUUCGAACUUUGGGCGUGGAGAUGUGCUGCCACCAGUUCCAGGCCAAGGGGAUAAAACGGCAACGAUGCUCUCAGAUGGAGCCAUUUAUAGCAGCAUUGACUUCACAACCAAAACCACUUACAACAGUUCCAGCCAAAUAACACAGGCUACCCCAUAUGCCACGACACAGAUAUUGCAUUCCAAUAGCAUACAUGAAUUGGCCGUCGAUCUGCCUGAUCCACAGUGGAAAAGCUCAAUUCAGCAAAAAACAGACCUGAUGGGAUUUGGUUAUUCUCUACCCGAGCAGAACAAAGGUAACAAUGCCUUACUUUACAUCCCUGACUACCGAUUGGCUGAGGGAUUGUCUAAUAGAAUGCCACACAACCAGUCACAGGAUUUCAGCACCACCAGCUCUCACAACAGCUCAGAGAGGAGUGGCAGUCUCUCAGGUGGGAAAGGUGGAAAGAAGAAGAAAAAUAAAAACUCUUCUAAACCACAGAAAAACAAUGGAUCGACCUGGGCCAAUGUUCCACUACCUCCUCCCCCAGUCCAGCCUCUUCCGGGCACAGAGCUGGAACACUACGCAGUGGAACAGCAAGAAAAUGGCUACGACAGUGAUAGCUGGUGCCCACCAUUACCAGUUCAAACUUAUUUACACCAGGGUAUGGAGGAUGAACUGGAAGAAGAUGAUGACCGUGUCCCAACACCUCCUGUCCGAGGCGUGGCUUCUUCUCCUGCCAUUUCCUUUGGCCAGCAGUCCACGGCAACUCUGACUCCCUCCCCACGGGAAGAGAUGCAGCCCAUGCUGCAAGCUCACCUGGAUGAGUUGACAAGGGCCUAUCAAUUUGAUAUGGCAAAGCAAACAUGGCAUGUUCAAAGCAAUAAUCAACCUCCGCAGCCCCCAGUUCCACCAUUAGGUUACAUGUCUGGAGCCUUGAUUUCCGAUUUAGAAACAGAUGUUCCAGACGAUGAUGCUGAUGAUGAAGAGGAAGCUUUAGAAAUCCCCAGACCCCUGCGAGCGCUAGAGCAGACACCUGGAUCCAGUACGGACAAUCUGGAGAGCUCUGUGACAGGUUCAAUGGUAAAUGGAUGGGGCUCUGCAUCUGAUGAGGAUCGUAGCUUUUCUAGUCAUAGAUCUAGUGUAGGUAGCUCCUCAGAUGGUUCCAUCUUUGCCAGCGGCAGUUUUGCACAAGCACUGGUGGCAGCAGCAGAUAAAGCUGGUUUUAGGCUGGAUGGAACCAGCCUUACAAGAACAGGUAAAGCCUUUACCUCCUCUCAAAGACCUCGACCAACCAGCCCAUUUUCUACUGACAGUAACACCAGUGCAGCCCUGAGUCAAAGUCAGAGGCCUCGGCCCACUAAAAAACACAAGGGCGGGCGAGUGGACCCGCAACCAGCAUUGCCUCACCGAAGGGAAGCAAUGACAGAUGAUCUUCCACCACCACCAGAUCCCCCUCCAGGUCAGGGUUUAAGGCAGCAGAUAGGCUCGAGCCAGCAUGCUGGUAACGUGGAAAAUUCAACAGAGAGAAAAGGAAGCUCUCUGGAGAGACAGCAAGCAGCCAACUUAGAAGACACAAAGAGCUCUUUGGAUUGUCCAGCUAAAACAUCCCUAGAGUGGCAGCGACAAACCCAGGAAUGGAUAAACUCCACUGAACGCCCAGAAGACAUACGGAAAGCCCUCCACAAACAAGGUGUCGGACCAGAGGAGACGUUGGUGCCCUACAGCAAGCCCAAUUUCCCAUCUCCUGGGGGUCACAGCUCGUCAGGAACAGCUUCUUCUAAGGGAUCCACUGGACCUAGGAAAGCCGAUGCUUUGAGGGGAAGCCACCAACGCAAUGCCAGCGACCUUCUUGACAUAGGAUAUAUGGGCUCAAAUAGUCAAGGACAGUUUACAGGUGAAUUAUGUAAGUGCCUUAGGGCAUUUAAAAGGCUGUGGUGA